UCAAGAAGGGGCGGGGUUAGAGAACCAGGUAUACACUUCAGCAGUUGUUUGUGUUCGGAGCACAGGUGAUUGUCGGUUUCGGCGAGGAUAACAUGGGAAAACUUGAGGCGCUUGACAUCGAGUUUAGCGACAACAAAGUUGUGUACACUCCUGGAGAGUCCAUUUCUGGGACGGUAACAGUCAAACUGAACCAGCCGAUCCAAUGCAAAGCUAUCAAAGUGAACUGCAAUGGUUUUUGCGGCAUCACCAGUAAGCUAAAUGACACAGCAUGGACAUCAGAGGAGCAGUACUUCAACAGCACUAUCUGUGUUGCAGACAAAGGAACUUUGAAACAGGGCGAGCAUCCGUUUCCCUUCAAGUUUCUCAUACCAGCCACUGCCCCAACAUCGUUUGAAGGCAGCUACGGUAAAAUAAUUUACAGAGUGAGGACGUUUAUCGACACACCACGAUUCGCCAAGGACUACAGCACAGAGAAGCCUUUCUACCUGCUGAGACUUCUAAACCUGAAUGAACUGCCAGAUAUAUGGGGACCCUCCACCUCCGCAGUAACUCAGCAGUUCACUUACAUGCUUAUGAAAACGGGGACAAUUGUCCUGAAGGCCCAAACAGAUAUGAAGGGUUACACGCCAGGCCAGAUUAUCAAGGUGUCGGCCAACAUCCAUAACCAGUCCACGAAGACCACAGGCCACAUAGCUGCCAGUCUGAUGCAGAGGGUGACCUAUGAGACGAAGAAGCCCACCCAUGAUCUGAAGUCUAUGGUGGAGGUGGAAGGAGGUGCGAUAAAGGGUGGCAGGGAGCUGGAGUGGAAGGAACAGAUCAUCAUUCCUCCCCUCCCUCAGUCCUCACUUGCUGGCUGUGAACUUAUAAAAAUUGAGUAUUAUGUCAAGGUCAGCCUGAAGUCUCCUGAUGUUACGCUGACAUUACCAAUCCAUAUUGGAAAUGUCUCACUUGACAAAAAAUUCCGUCCAUCCAAAAAAGAAACUCCUCCUUUCAAGAAAGACCCUGUAGCCUCUGGUUCAACAACAGAUGCCCCUGAAUCUUCCUCCAGGCUUACAGCUCCUCCUCAACCUGCUCCUAAACCCGCCCCCCGUCCCGCCCCACGCUCCAGGAUGUCCUCCCACAGCUCCCCCAGUGCUCCUCCGGUUGAGUGCCACUCAGGAGCGGAAGGUGGGAACUUGUUGAAUGACGACUUUCCCAACAAGCGCCAGUCCCAGGCGGUGUCACCUAAUGCAUUCAGCUAUGCUCCAGGCCUCUUUUUCCCCCAGAAUCAGCUGCCUAAUGCGUCCAUGCCAGCUCCAAGUGGGCCUUCAUCUAGAAGGUCGACAGGCGCCACAGCUCCUUACCCCUCAGCGAUUGAUGCCCGCCCAAUAGCAGCACCACUCAAUAUCCUUCCACCAGACUAUGAUACCUCAGCUUAUCCACAAGAAGCUCCUCCUUCCUAUGAGAGCUGCAACACAUGAAGUUCAUCAGAAAAUCAAAACCAGGACAACAAUUAUGUUUGAAUUAUUAAGCAUGUACCAUGUAGACAUAUAUCCAGGAUUAGACUCAUGUUGGUUUUUUUUAACAAACAAACCCAGAAUACAGAGAAGACCAAUGGACAACCUGAAGAAAAUCUGUGUUUUUUUUUUGGACUCUGCCUGGAUUUUCUGUAAUUUUGAAGACAUAAUUUUGAAGUGAAAGUGAACUGAUCUCAAACUCUGAGCUCUGAAUGCAUACCUUUUAAUAAUCUUUGAACAGCCCAGUCACAGGCAGCCACAUCUUUCACAAAUCAGAUUAACAUAAAAAAUUUAUUUUCAUAUGUUUGUAAAAGAGUUUUAUUUGAGGGUUAUUCAGGAUUUGCUUUGACGGCGUCUGUGAGGUCACGCUUAACAGUUUAAUAAUGAAUCAUCUCUUCUGGUGUUAAAUCUUAGCAUAACAAACCAAACUUGUUGGAGGUGUAGUAUAAAAUUAAAAUCUUUUAUUUGCCUUUGAUCCAUUUUUACUUUUUAUCAGUAAAUAUUCAUUUUGCAUGUUGUUGACAGCUUUAAGCAUAUAAAUGUUCAAUGCUAGUUUUGGCACCUUUUGUUCUUUUCAUGUCUAAUGGUAUUAUCAUUGAAGUUUUCACAUCAAUGUUGACGACUGUUUUUUUUUUUUAUCUGUUCGCUCUGUGCUCACAAAACUUCUAAAUUUCCCUAUAGUUUAGAAUAAUGCAGCAUCACUGUGAUUUGAGCUUUCUUGGCCAUUUAUGAUGUCUGUCUAGUUGUUUAGAUAAGUGUAGAUAUAUUACUUUCCUGGUGUAAUCCAAGGAGACUUUAUUGAGAUGUUUAUUUAAUGUGUUGAAUGUCUUCCUUCUGCUGCUGCUGUUUUAAUAAAUUGAAUAAAACAAA